AUGUCCUCCACACGCAUACUCAAGACUAACACUUCGCGGAUGAUUCUCAUCGUCGCCCUCCUCCUCCUGGGGGGAUUCUUCCACUACAUGUGGAAGGCGGAGGCCGCGCUGGGCGUGCCCUGGACGCCGGACCCCGGCGCCGAGCUUUUCGCCCAACGGCCUCUGCUCCCGCCGCUCGAGGAGACCUUCAUCGACACGUACGAGCUGCCGCUGCGCACAAAGGGGCGCAACAUUGUCGACGCCAAGGGCCGCAGGUACCGGCUCUCGUCGGUCAAUUGGUACGGCGCCAGCGACGAGCUCUUUGUCCCCGGCGGACUGGACGUGCAGCACCGCUCCGUCAUCGCCCGCACCAUCCGCGAGUUCGGCUUCAACUCGGUGCGCCUCCCCUACGCGGACGAGCUGGUCAUGACGAACCCGAUCAUCCUCCCCCACCUGCUGACCGCCAACCCGGACCUCGUCGGGCUGCGCGCCCUCGAUGUGCUCGAGGCCGUCGUCGAGGCCCUCACCAAGGAGGGCAUCUCGGUCAUAGUCAACAACCACAUCACCACGGCGACCUGGUGUUGCGGCGCGGACCCGUGCGACGCCGGCUGGGCCAACGACCACCUGGGGCCGAUCUGCCGCGUGCGGCAGACGGAGGAGGAGUGGAUCGAGCACUGGGAGACGGUCAUGGAGCGCUUCGUCGACAACCCGUACGUCAUCGGCGCCGACCUGCGCAACGAGGUGCGCGGCCUCUGGGGCACGAUGUCGUGGGACCGCUGGGCCGCGGCGGCCGAGAAGUGCGGGAACCGCCUGCUGCGCAUGAACCGCAACUGGCUCAUCGUCGUCGGCGGCACCGAGUCCGGCAACGACCUGACGGGCGUGUCCCGGCGGCCCGUCCGCCUCGACGUCGACCACCGCGUCGUCUACUCGGCGCACGUGUACGCGUGGUCCGGCUGGGGCAGCCGCGAGGGCCGGUACUCGAAGCGCGGGUACGCGUCCUUCGCCCGGGCGAUGCGCGACAACUGGGCGUACCUGGUCGAGCAGAACCUCGACCCGGUCUGGGUGGGCGAGUUCGGCGCGCCGCACGAGCCGAGCGUCGGCGACGCCAACUACUGGCAGAACCUGCUGCGCUACCUCAAGGCCAUCGACGCCGACUUUGGCUACUGGGCCAUCAACCCCCGCAAGCCGAGGGACGACGCCAAGGAGACGUACGCGCUCGUCGAGGACGACUGGGUGACGCCCGUGCUGGACUACCGGAUGCGGGACAUGACGGAGCUCAUGAGGGCGUAG